AUGCGUCUCGAUACGAAACAUAUGCGAUAUCUGACUGGCGAUGAUUGGCGAGCCCUUACAGCGGUCGAAAAUGGGUCAAAAAACCACGAAGUCGUUCCUACACCAUUAAUUGAGAAAUUGAGUGGGCUGCGGGGUCAAGUUCACAAAAAUAUAUCUGCUUUGGCGAAAGUAGGAUUGAUUGCGCGACUUAAGAAUGCGAAAUACGAUGGUUAUCGGUUAACUUACGGCGGUCUGGACUACCUAGCCCUCAAUACUUACCGAAAACGCAAAGAUGUGUACAGUGUUGGAAACCAGAUUGGUGUUGGAAAGGAAAGUGACAUUUUCGUAGUCGCAGACGAGCAAGGAGUGCAAAGAGUUUUGAAGAUACACAGAUUGGGUCGCAUAUCAUUCCGAACCGUAAAAGCGAAUCGAGAUUACCUAAGAAAUAGAUCAUCGGGAUCUUGGAUGUACAUGUCGCGUUUGGCAGCGUUGAAGGAAUUUACAUUUAUGACUGCGCUCCGCGACAAUGGUUUCCCAGUACCAGUACCUCUUGCGCAAUCAAGACAUACCAUCGUCAUGUCGCUGAUAGAUGCAUUUCCUAUGCGACAAAUCUCAUCCGUUCCCGACCCAGCUUCCUUAUACGCCGAGCUCAUCCAGAUGAUCAUGCGACUUGCCCAGUACGGAUUGAUACAUGGAGAUUUCAAUGAAUUCAACAUCCUGAUCAAAGAGGACACCACGAAAGAAAUUGUCGAUGAGAAAGAAGUAGAGAAGCUCACUCUGACUCCAAUCCUAAUCGAUUUCCCCCAAAUGGUUUCUAUAGACCACGCAAAUGCCGAGUAUUAUUUCGAUCGCGACGUAAACUGCAUCAAGAGAUUCUUCCAGCGACGCUUUGGCUUCACAGCCGACGAGAAGGGACCAUAUCUAGCAGAGGCAAAGAAAAUGGUAGGAAGAGAUGGUGCCGUCAGGCUUGACGUCUCCGUUGCGGCUUCUGGGUUUUCCAAAAAGAUGGCCAAGGAAUUGGAAGCAUACAUGAAAGAAGUGGGAGUAGACGGAGAUGGAGAUCCAAAUGGCGAGCGUGGCGAUGAGGAAGACGAUAAUGACGAAGAAGAGGAAGAAGAAAGUGGUGAAGAAGAGGAAGGCGACGAAGCGACAAGUACUGAGCCUGCUGUGGAUUCAAGUGAUAUCGCAUCGUUAGCUCGUCUCCAGAUCAAGGAUCAGACUUGA